AUGGGAAAGGGAACAGACAAGCUCUAUAUUACCCAUUCCGAGUGGUCAUCCUCCGACGCCUUCUCAGCCAGCGUCGGCGCAAACGCUGGCUCGCGCAACGCCGCCAAUGGUGCGCCCUUCCGUCGCCUGCCCUUCAACUUCUGCGCCGCCUCCCUCCAGCCGUUCAAGAACCCCGUGUGCACCCCCGACGGCACCAUCUUCGACGUCGAGGUCAUCGGCGCCUGGCUCGAGAAGCACCCCGGCCAGAACCCCGUCGACGGCGAGCCGCUGAGCAAGAAGGACCUGAUCAGGCUCAACUUCUCCAGGAAUGCCGGCAUCGACUCGCUGGGCGCCGGCCUGUCGGACGGCAAGGGCGACCUCGUCGACCCCGUGACGUACAAGGUCUUCACCGACAACACCCACAUCGUCGCGAUCCGGCACGGCAGCUACGCCAACGUGUUCGCGUGGGAGACGGUCGAGCGCAUGAACAUCAAGGCCAAGCUCUGGCAGGAUCUCGCCGACGACGAGCCGUUCACGCGCGCCGACAUCAUCACGCUCCAGGACCCCCUCAACGCCUCGGCUCGGAAUCUAGACCAGUUCAAGUUUCUGAAGGAUGGCCACCAGGCCCAGCCCACCUCGGAGCAGGAGCUGGCCAGGCAGGAGGGGAAUAUAAACGCGAGCGCUCUGGGAAGCAUGGGAGACAAGGUGGUGAAGGCCAAGGCCGCUGUGGAGAGAGCCCGUAAGGCGAGGGAAGCCGGAGCGGACGUGAACCGGAGCUCGGGGUUGCUGGCAAAAGGAUCGUCGGCUGCCUUGUCCCAAGUAGUGCCCGCUGCCCGCCGCUCGAUGAUCCAGGAUAAGAAGCUGGCGACCAAUGCCGCGGCCUAUACGAGCGGGAAGGCUGCUGCCAGUUUCACCAGCACUGGCCUGACGCCAGAGACGAGCGGCGAGCGGGCGAUUCUCACCGAAGAGGAGUACAUGCUGAAGCAGAAGCGAGUCAAGACAAAGGGCUAUGCUAGAAUGGAGACAAAUAUGGGCGACCUUACGAUCGAGCUACACCCCGAGUUCGCGCCCAAGGCUGUGUGGAAUUUUAUCAAGCUGGCGCAAAAGGGGUACUACAAGGAUGUCGCAUUUCAUCGCAACAUUCCCAAGUUCAUGAUACAAGGAGGCGAUCCCUCUGGGACAGGGCGAGGAGGUUCCAGUAUCUGGGGCAAAUAUUUUGACGACGAGUUUGAUGGCCCGAUGACGCAUAAUGCCCGGGGAACUGUUUCCAUGGCCAACAAGGGCAAAAACACAAACUCGAGUCAGUUCUUCAUCACAUACAAGGCAACUCCCCACCUGGACCGCAAGCACACCAUCUUCGGACGUAUAGUCGACGGUGAUGGAGUUCUUGCAAAAAUGGAGGCAGCGCCGAUAGACUCCUCAAACCGACCCUUGAACGAUAUUGUUAUUCAUGACAUUGCCGUAUUUGUUGAUCCCUUUGAGGAAUUCCAGAAGCAAAAGAGGAAGACCGAGUUAGAAGAAAAGGAGAAGGAGGAGAUACGAAAACAGGGAGGCACCGAGGAUGAUAAGACUACGUGGACUGGCAAAAGAAUACGGCAAGACGGCACCAUUGACGACACCGGGUCCUCUCAAACAGUUGGAAAGUAUCUCAAGACGGGUUCUGGCCGUGAGGAGACACUCGACGAUGGAGCUGACAAUGGCGCAUGGGGAGGAGAACCGUCGAAGAAGAAAAUCAAGACAGGAGGUUUUGGCAAUUUUGACGGUUGGUAA